AAAUUCAUAAAUUGAUUCUUCAUCUUAAUUUACUAAACAUUUGAAGAGAUUCUACAUUAUUAUACAAAGACAAGAUGUUCAAUAAUUAAUAAUUUAUCCAAUUGCGUCAUGAGUAGAUUAUAAUUAUAUAAAUACAAAUAAAUGAGCCACUAUCUGCAGAGAGCAGUUCAACGGCUCGCGGAGCGCGGGCAACAUGCUGCUGAUAAGGAGGCUGCGUGACACCGCGCUAACACUCACACGACAAUUAAACAAAACCAGUUUAUCUUUCAAACGCGGAUACAGUUACAGCAUCAAGGACGCAAUCGUACUACAAAUUAAUGGUGAAACAUUGAAAUUUCCCCACAUCUGGCUGAGAGAUAACUGCCAGUGCGAGCAAUGCUUCCAUCCUUCGGCGAAAAGCAGAAUCCUAGAUUGGAGCAAAUUCAACCUUGAUUCGAAACCAACGGAAGUUCAUAAAGACGAGAAUUCCGUGCAAGUAACAUGGGAUGACGGCCAUACAUCGCGUUAUCGCCUCGACUGGCUCAAGUUUCGUAGCUUCACGGAGGAAAACCAACAGCAAUACGAAACGGAGUUGUACAAGCCACCGAAAGUCACAUGGAAAGGUGAAGAUUUUCAAAAAAUUUGCACCAUCAAUGAUUAUAACGAAAUAGUAUCUACCGAUGAAGCUUUGUAUAAAUGGUUAAAAGAUUUAUCCACGUACGGCGUUAGUCUCAUCAGAAAUACUCCUAGCGACGACACCGCGAUCGACGCUAUACUACAACGAGUCGGUUUCCCGAAACAAACGCACUACGGUCUUAAAUUUAUAGUGCAAAACGUCCCUAACACGAGCAACGUCGCCUACCUGUCUAGUAAUUUACAGAUGCAUACCGACCUGCCGUAUUACGGUUACUGCCCAGGAGUUAACUUACUCCAUUGUCUGGUGCAAACAAAUUCAGAUGGAGGAGAGAACACUCUAUCUGACUGCCAUUACAUUGCUAACUACAUGAAAGAACAUCAUCCCGAUCAAUACAAAAUCCUUACCAAUACGGAAGUUGAAUGGAGUGACAUAGGUGUAGAAAACGGAAAUGAAUUCUACAAGCUUUACAGAUCGCCCGUGAUAUGCGUCGAUAAGUGUGAUCAUGUGUGGAGAAUUAACUUCUCAAUACCCCAAAGGGGCAGCCAUUUCCCUGGUCCGAUAGAGUUGGUCAAGCCAUGGUAUGAGGCUUACAGCUUGUUCUUUGAGUUAAAUCGCAAGUUUAGUGCAAGCUUCAAAGUGGAUGCUGGUAGCAUCCUCGUGUUCGACAAUAUUCGGCUAUUGCACGGCCGCAACCAGUACCAAGACAGUGGAGAAAAUGUAAGGAAGUUAAUAGGAGCAUACAUUGAUUGGGAUGAAGUUUACUCCCGCUUAAGAUCACUGAAAGUUAAGUUGGAGAAAAGGAGUUACUAUUAAUAGAAAAAAAAUGUAAUUUAAUUAUUGAUAACAUUACAUCCACAGUAUUUAAAUAGUGAAUCAAGAUUUAGCAGCAAAAUAACAGUGAUCUUUACACCACAUAAUCUACAUAUAUCCCAGUAAAAUGUGCAGGAUAAGUUGCUAUUGAUACUAACAAUAGGUAAAAUAUUGUAUGGCUAUUAAACUACACUAAAUUAAAUGCAUA